AUGUCACUUUGUGGCCAGGCCAUGGUAUUUGUUAACAGGCAGUGUUCGGAAUGCGACCCGAGUAGUAAUGAUGAAGAAAUGGAAGUUGAUCCACAGGACACCACGCCCAUCUCACAGGGUCGCCAAAGACGAAUCAUCAAAGAACCGACCAAGUUCACUCCUGACAAGGGAGAGUCUAAAAAGCGCAAGCUGAACAAGACGUCCUUGAAACGAAAACCUCCAGCAGUGAACGAAGGAGGCAGUGACAGUAACACAGACGCUGCUAACAAAAAACCUAAAGUAGAAUCCAGUGCUGAUUCUUCAGCACCCAGAAGAGGAAGACGCCCAGGGAGAAGAGACGCUGAAACUGCGGAGAAAAAGAAAAAGCCAGAGGAUGUUCGUACCGAGUGCACCACAUGCAAACAGAGUGGAACUAACGCUAACCUUGUCAGGUGUGACAACUGCAAACUAUGUUACCACUUCCACUGUCUUGAUCCUCCAGUGAAAGCCAACCCCAAGACACGAGGAUAUCAGUGGGUCUGCAAGGACUGUGAUGAAUCGGAAGGAGAAAGUGAAGAUGCAGAUGAGGAAGACACCAGUACUGCUGAUAGCAAAACAGAGAGAAACAUGAAGCAAGAGAAAGAUGUCAAACAAGAAGGCAGUGAAAUACACGGACAGAAAACAGAUGGAAAGAAAGAAAAACCAAACGAUAUUGAACAGAGUUCGUCUUGACAAGCCCGGUGCAGAAAGACAAGAAGGCUAUUGCUUGAAAGAACACGACCUUUUCAUUACAGGAUCUUUAAUUAUUACCUAGUUGAAGUUUUACAGAAAUCAAGUUAACGUUUUUGAUAGAAAUAGUUUAUUGACCACAGACUUUUAAUUCAGAAAUUCAAUUGAAUAUUGGUUGUUAAAUAACUAAAUUGUCAAGGAAUAUAUGCUAUAUUAUAAUUAUCGUCAAUACAUUGACUUUGAUAAGGACGGCUGUGUUUGUUUACGUUCUACACUUUGCUUACAACAAAGACAUGUUGGAUUCCGAAACAGAAUGAUACGGCAUCAGAACACAGAAUGCAACUGAACGGCUGAAGAUCGUUUUUUAUUCCCCCGUCAAGAGCGCUCUACUUAGUUAUGGUUUAGUUUUUAGAUGUCACAAACAAUUUUCUUUAGUGAAAGUAUUUUCAAGCGUGUAACGGUUUGGAAACAAUUAUUUAUAUAAAAUACCCAAAUUUUGUUUUUGUAAUAUCACCUUUAUAGAUUGUAAGAAUAUCUCCCCAAAGGUCCAAGCUUGUUUAAAUGUCGCUCCAACUUAGACGAAGUAUUACUUAUUAAAACAAGUUAAAAUUGA